AUGACCGCACAGCAGGCUCAUGGCCUUGCUUGGCCGUUUUUGCCCCUCUCUCUCUCACUCACUCACUCACUCGCCGUUUGUGAUCGGCGUGAAAGUGACCAGCCGCCAAUGGUGCGGCUCGCGCCCAAGAGUGUCAAUGACGAAGGUCUUGCGACGGAACACACCGCCUUGUGCUCAGAGAAGGCUCCUGCUGUGCCAACAACCACCCCGCCAUCCGAGGCACCCUCUGCUACGAAACCUUCCCCGGCAGUCGUAGAAACCACCGAUCCGACGACAGCAGCGGCGGCGGCGGCGGCGGCGGCGGCAGCGACAGCAGUGGUGGCGGCAGCAGCAGCAGGGCCCCCAGAUCAGACGGCGCCGCUGCCCGAGGUUGAGCUGGCCGAUGAGCCCACGCCAAAGAUUCUCUCGACUUGGGAAGAGGUCGAGCGCCGCAAACGCGAAAUCGAGGCUGCCAACAAGCGACGUCAGCAGCUUCUGAAGAAGACACUGGCAUCUCGCCAGACGCAAGUGAUCAGUGAGGCACAAAAGCUCAAGCAGCUGCAGGCUGAGCUGAACCAACUGGAAAAAGACUUGAGUUUUGAUAUUAAUUUAAUUCGUGGCCGCAUUGAAACUUCGGCCCGAGAAUACGAAACUGCAAAAAAACGCUUCGACCACGCAGAGCAGGAAUAUGUGACUGCAAAACUGCAGCUCCAUCGCACGCAGGAUAUGAAAGAGCAGCUGACUGAACAUCUUAUGCUGAUCAUCCAAAAGCUUGAGGAGCGCAAAGCCGAAAAACUAGAGGCCAUGUUACAGCAGCUCCACAUGCCGGACGUCGACGGUGAAGCGCCUACGUCAGCGAGUGACCCCCAACCCGAUUCCACACCAAUGUCGACUUUGACCCCCGAUCCGGAUUCGGCAGCGCCGACAUCAGCCGAGGACAAUGCGCCGGUGUCCUCUCAAACUGCAACCCUGGAGGAGGCCCCUUCUAGCCAUCACCAAGAAGCCAAGCCCAAUUGA